GGCUGGCGGCUGCCCCCCAAUAACAGGUGCACAUUCCUGGGCGCCUCGUCACUUCCCCUGCGCUGGCUGUCCUGGUGGCUCACCCAAGCGGACUCACUGAGCGACGCGGGCGGGCUAUGACCCCAGGGGCGCUGCUGCUGCUGCUGCUGCUGGGGGCGUUGGGGGCGCCAUUCGCCCCGGGCGCCCGCGGCUCAGAGGCGGAGGGCCGACUCCGCGAGAAACUUUUCUCGGGCUAUGAUAGCUCGGUGAGGCCGGCGCGGGAGGUGGGAGACCGCGUCGGGGUCAGCAUUGGUCUCAGCCUAGCGCAAUUAAUCAGCCUGAACGAGAAGGAUGAGGAGAUGAGCACAAAGGUCUACUUAGACCUGGAGUGGACUGACUACAGGCUGAGCUGGGACCCUGAGGAGCAAGAGGGCAUCGACUCACUCCGCAUCACUGCCGAAUCCGUGUAGCUACCAGACGUGGUGGUCCUAAACAACAACGACGGAAAUUUUGAUGUUGCUCUGGACAUCAGCGUCGUGGUGUCCUCCGACGGCUCCGUGCGCUGGCAGCCCCCGGGCAUCUAUCGCAGCAGCUGCAGCAUCCAGGUCACCUACUUCCCCUUUGACUGGCAGAACUGCACCAUGGUGUUCAGUUCCUAUAGCUAUGACAGCUCAGAAGUCAGUCUGCAGACCGGCUUGGGUCCCGAUGGGCAGGAGCGGCAGGAAGUGCACAUUCAUGAAGGCACCUUUAUUGAGAAUGGUCAAUGGGAGAUUAUUCACAAGCCUUCUCGGCUAAUCCAGCCUCCAGUGGAUCCUAGGGGAGGGGGGGAAAGACGGCGUGAAGAAGUCACCUUCUACCUCAUCAUUCGCCGGAAGCCUCUCUUUUACCUGGUCAACGUCAUUGCCCCAUGCAUCCUCANGGAGCAAAGGAUGCUUGUGAAAGUUAAAUAA